GCGCCGGAAGUGGCGGGAGGCCCCGCCCCCUACCAGGGUCUCUGUGGAGCCGCGGACGCGCCGGCUUUGAGCAUCCCUGGCUGGCCGGGGGGAAGCCCUGGGGCUGCGGCUCCGGCGGCCGCGGCCCCGCCCGCCUUCGACAUGGCCAGCUCCGGAGAGGACACAUCCAACGAUGACGACGUGCCUCCUGCAGCGGCCGCCAUGGCGGCGGGCUCCCACCUUCUCGGCUUCUCGGACGAGAUCCUGCUGCACAUCCUGAGCCAUGUGCCCAGCACAGACCUGGUUCUGAAUGUUCGGCGCACCUGCCGGAAACUGGCGGCACUGUGCCUGGACAAGAGCCUCACCCACACCGUGCUGUUGCAGAAGGACUACGAGGCGAGCGAGGACAAGGUGAAGCAGCUGGUGAAGGAGAUCGGCCGGGAGAUCCAGCAGCUCGACAUGGCCGGCUGCUACUGGCUGUCGGGCGCCACCAUCGAGCAUGUGGCCCGCUGCCGCAGCCUGGUGAAGGUGAACCUCUCGGGCUGCCACCUGACCUCCCUGCGCCUCUCCAAGAUGCUCUCAGCCCUGCAGCAGCUGCGCUCCCUGGCCAUCGACGUGAGCCCCGGCUUCGACGCUGGCCAGUUGAGUGGCGAGUGCAAGGCCACGCUGAGCCGUGUGCGGGAGCUCAAGCAGACGCUGUACACGCCGUCCUAUGGCGUCGUGCCCUGCUGCACCAGCCUGGAGAAGCUGCUGCUCUACUUUGAGAUCCUGGACCGCACGCGCGAGGGUGCCGUCCUGUCGGGCCAGCUGAUGGUGGGCCAGAGCAACGUGCCGCACUACCAGAACCUACGAGUCUUCUAUGCGCGCUUGGCGCCCGGCUACAUCAACCAGGAGGUGGUGCGGCUCUACCUGGCUGUGCUCAGCGACCGCACGCCUGAGAACCUGCACGCCUUCCUCAUCUCCGUGCCUGGCAGCUUCGCCGAGAGUGGGGCCACCAAGAACCUGCUGGACUCCAUGGCCCGCAACGUGGCGCUGGACGCCCUGCAGCUGCCCCGGUCCUGGCUCAAUGGCUCGUCCCUGCUGCAGCACUUGAGGUUCAACAACCCCUUCUACUUCAGCUUCAGCCGCUGCGCCCUGUCCGGCGGCCACCUGAUCCAGCGCGUCAUCAACGGCGGGAAGGAGCUGCGCAGCCUGGCAAGCCUCAACCUUAGUGGCUGUGUCCACUGCCUGUCACCGGACUCCCUGCUCCGCAAGGCGGAGGACGAUAUCGACAGCAGCAUCCUGGAGACGCUGGUGGCAUCCUGCCGCAACCUGCGCCACCUCAACCUCUCGGCUGCCCACCACCACAGCUCUGAGGGCCCGGGCCGCCACCUGUGCCAGCUGCUGGCCCGACUGCGCCACCUGCGCUCUCUGUCCCUGCCUGUCUGCUCUGUUGCCGACUCGGCGCCGCGGGCCGACCGUGCUCCCGCCCAGCCCGCCAUGCACGCCGUGCCCCGCGGCUUCGGCAAGAAGGUGCGCAUCGGCGUGCCGUCCGGCCCUGGCCCCUUCCCGGGCCAGGCGGGCCCCCAGCCUUCCUCCGUGUUCUGGUCCCUGCUGAAGAGCGUGCCCUUUCUGGAGCGCCUCGAGCUGAUCGGGUCCAACUUCUCCUCCGCCAUGCCACGCAACGAGCCCGCCAUCCGCAACUCCCUCCCGCCCUGCAGCCGGGCGCAGAGCGUUGGGGACUCGGAGGUGGCCGCCAUCGGGCAGCUGGCCUUCCUGCGGCACCUGACGCUGGCGCAGCUGCCCAGCAUCCUGACGGGCUCCGGGCUGCUCAGCAUCGGCCUGCAGUGCCAGCAGCUGCAGUCCCUCUCGCUGGCCAACCUGGGCAUGAUGGGGAAGGUGGUCUACAUGUCCGCCCUGUCGGACAUGCUGAGACACUGCACGCGGCUGAAGGACCUCAGGCUGGAGCAGCCCUACUUCAGCGCGAACGCCCAGUUCUUCCAGGCGCUCAGCCAGUGCUCCGCGCUACAGCGCCUGUGCCUGGUGUCCCGCAGCGGCACACUCCAGCCCGAGGCCGUGCUGGCCUUCAUGGCCCGCUGCCUGCGUGUCGUCGUGUGCCACAUGUUCACCGGGGAGUCCCUGGCCACCUGCAAGAGCCUGCAGCAGUCCCUGCUCCGGAGUUUCCAGGCUGAGCGGCCCGCGCUGAAUGUCGUCAUCUUCCCUCUGCUCCACGAGGGCCUGACCAAUGUCAUCCGGGAUGUCCCCAUGGUGCACCUGGAUGAGAUCACCUUAUUUAAAAGCAGAGUGGCUGAGGAGCCCCCGAACCUGUGGUGGUGACAGGGACAGCUGGUGCCGGGUGAAGCUGCUUCCGGCAGCCGAGCCUCCCGCCUGCUGCUGUCGCCUCUGCCAGUCUCCUGGGCCUGGAAGCAGGACUGCCCUGACGGGCGUGUGGCCUGGCUACCGCUGCUCACUGCCUGCCUGUGCUGGACUCUGAGGCCUGCCGGGUCCCAAGAGGAAGGAUGCCCCUCUGCCCAGCCAUCCCGCACACCUGUCGUCUCCCAGGGCCUCCCGAAGCUUCCUCUUGCUUUCUCCGGCGCUCAGUGAAGCAUGGGUCUCAUCUGUGAGGAGGAUGAGGAGGAAGAGCCGGCUGUCAGGGUGACCUACGGGGCCCAGCGUGGGUGUUCCUGAACUGAGACUCACAGCCGUCGCGCAGCGCUGACUCCUCAGGGUCCCUGACUGGGUCCCCAGAGCAGCACGGGCCACCAGUGCCGUCCGCCGCCGCUACUCCACCCUCCACAGGGUGUCCUGUGUUUCUGGCUACCUGCAUCAGGCUCUGAAGGGGUGGCCUCAUGGGGGUCACUGUGCAUGUGGGGGUGGACGCGCUCCCGCGGUGACACCAAGGGUACAGCUGGUGAUCGCGUGCCCAAGGGGCCCUUCCUUCGGGCCAACUGGGAGCACGACGCAGUGGGAAGCUUCAGAUUUGGGGCUCUCCUUCCCGGGAAGACACAUUUUAACCCAAUUGUGUGUCCACCAGGUUUCCAGCCAGAUGGCGUCAGACAAGUUCCGGGCCGCUGGCUGGGCAGGGUCCCCUGUGGGGCUGGGACCGUGGGGCGAGGCCUGGGACAGGCCUGUCGCCCAGCCAGCACGGCACUCAGCUUUAGGACCCGCUCUCCAUGAAGAUCUGUGUUUCUGGGGAACUACAUACCUGGCUUCAUUCAAGACACUUGAAAUAUUAAAACUGAGAAAGGACAUUUAAAGCCA